ACCGAAGCUUUGUCUUCGGCUGUGCGCAUGUUUGGCUGGUGCGCUGAACACCUUCUGGGGAAAACGGCCGCGGGAGAGAGAGCUGGGGGUGUCUCCAGCAGCAGAAAAGGGCAUCCAAAGCAGGAGUUAAGAGUUGUGGCUUGAAGGACGCCCUCGAGAAGGUCCAACCUGCGAGAAGAUCCACGAGAAAACGGGCACGUGGGAAAGAUUGUAACCAUGACCUUGGUUUCCUCCUGUUCUUGAACGAGUGAACUUCCUGGGCCAAGCAGCUUUUCGGCCUCCGUUUUAUGGCGUCCGUCUUUGAGGGAGGACCGGUGGGAGGGUUCCCCUUCUUCAUCGCUGGGGUGUCCCUGCUGUCCGCCUGUUUCGUGGCUUUCUGUACAGCCUGCAAAAGGAAAGAUGAGAGCAAGCUGUCUUCCCUGGUGGAUGACCAGGUGUCGUGUGAUGAGCCCCAGGCUGUGCCAGGACCGAUGGCACCCUUGGCAUUCGGAGGAUCGCUGCCCAGUCUGCAGCACGGCAGUGAGAGAGAUCCAGGAGAUGCAAACAUCGCACCAGCCCUGCUGACUCUUCCUCACCCGUCGAACGAAGGCGACAACGCGGUGGGCAGCUGCAGCUUCCUCAUCCUCCCUCAGAGGGACCUGCCCAACGUCCCGUCUUCUCCAGACAUGACCUACUCCAACCUCAGCUUCCCAAAACGAGGCGAGGUGACGCUAUGCGAAUCCCAGAGAGUGGAGGGAGAAGAAAGCCGGGACGUUCAUCCUGUGGCAGAUAAGAUCGUGGAGGACGUCCCUGGACACCACGCCCAGCCAGGAGGACCCAGCUAUGCGUGUGUUGUGAAGAAGAAGACCACAGCCGAUGGCAAACAAACCUGGGUGGAGGUGGAUAAACCUCCACAGAUGUCUCUUCUCACCGGCACGGGGUUAUCUCUGCCGACAAAAGAGAUAGAAGAAAUGUACUCGGUGGUGUGCAAAGAUAAAAAGAAGAAGAAAGCCCAGCGUCCUGAAGGGGAUGGCGAAGAGGCAGCGCCCCAAGCAAAGGGAAAUCCAGGGCAUUGCCAGGAGAUUAUGGUCAGUCUGGAAUCCAACGGCAUUGCAAGUUACCAGCCCUCAUCGCUCCCCACCGCCAUGGAGCCUUACUAUGAUACCGUGCCUUGUGAACCCUGGACUAAAGUUGCAAAUCAGCCAGUGGCUGAGCCGGCUUAUGAGUCCGUGGACACUUACUGGAACAAGGUGAAAAAGAAAUCAAAAGUACAGAAGAAGAAAAUGACGCCCGAAAAUUUGUACGAAAGCAUCGACCAAGUGGCCAUUUAGGGCCGAGGCCGGACAUCAGAACUGGAAAGCUGACACUUUCUGUGGCCUUUUUACGGGUUCCACAACCCAGGUUCAACCGAUAAAAGGGAAGUACAAACAGAGAGUCUUCAACUUACAACCAACCAAUCCAUCAGUCGAUGAAUCAUUCGAUCGAUUAAUCAAUUAGGACACAGGCAGUCCUCGACGUAUGACCACAAUUGGCCCAAAGUUAACAUUGCUAAGUGAGGCAUUUGUCAAGUAAGA